CUACUAUAAAUUAUGUCCAAGUUCAUGCAGAAAAAAGGCACCAAAUUGUUUAUAAUCACAUGUAUUAACUUUUUUUGUGUUUGUAGGAAGAAGAAAAGAAUAUGAAGAGGGUUUCCUUUGUCAUGAUCUUGUGUGCGGUGGCGUUGUUUUCAGGUGAAACACGCACGGUGGAAGCAGUGACAUGCAGCCCCAUCGAGCUCAUCCCAUGCUUGCCGGCAAUCUCAACACCGCCAAAGCCUCCAUCCGCCGCUUGUUGCAGAAAGGUGAAGGAACAGCUACCAUGCUUUUGUGGCUACCUUAAGGACCCAGGUGCUAAGCCCUUCAUCGACAAUCCCAAUAUUCCAAAGGUGGCUAGCUCUUGUGGAGUUGCACAUGCAUAUCCUCCUAAGUGUUAAAAUGUUGCUUUCAUUAGAGCAUUCUCGCUCAAGGACUAGUAUGAAUAAAUUAAUAAAUUAAAUGGAAAUUUAUCUAAUAUUUUACUCAUUGUCCAAAUAAUUUUAAUAUACUCUUCACCCUUUUUAGUAUUUACAUUUGUUAUUUUGAUUGGUGUUUACAUUUGUGGGAAAAAAAUCUGCAAAAUGAUUCAAAGUUCAAACAGAGGAGAAACAG